AUGGAGGAUGAGAUGGACUUGCGGCAGUUGGAGAAGAGCUUGAAGCUGCGUGGUAAGACUGGCUGCGAGACUUGCCGGGAGACGAACAAACUCCUUUCCGAAGCUAAGAAGGAGAAGAAGAAGAAGAAGAAGAAGAAGAAGAAGAAGAAGAAGAAGAAGAAGAAGAAGAAGAAGAAGAAGAAGAAGAAGAAGAAGAAGAAGAGCAAGCAUGAUGGGUUUAUCAUUGAAAAGAUACUAAUCCUCUGUAUCAUCUUUAUUUGUUUCGAGAACCUGGCUGGGAAUUACAAGGCUGCUAAUAUGCAUCUGCGUAACGGCCUUUGUAUCUUGAAACAACACAGAAAAGAGGUCGUGCCCAACUACUCAGGUACAUCGACGACAAUAACGGCAACGCAGACCUCGAUUCAACACGCUGUCGCCAACGUCCUCCUCCGCUUCGACCUCCAAGCCAUGACCUUCUCCGACGAUACGAGCCCCUAUGAAUGGAAUUUAGACGCCGCGCCAGAAGUCCCGGAUAUACCAGCAGAAGGAGCUUAUAGCAGUAACGAAGCCGCGAGAGACGAUCUCGUAGGGUUGAGUAGGUGUAUGUUGUGGGUGGCAGGGAUUCUGGACAAGGAAGUGCAGGUUGCGGGAGAGAAGGGGUUUAAGGAGAUGUAUGAGGGGAUGAUUAGAGGGUUAGGGGUAUGGCAAGAGCGGUUUGGGAGGUUUGAGAAGAACAGUGGAAGAGGGCGAGGGGGUGAGGAGGCUAACGUGAGUAAAAUGUAUGAAGCGGUUACGAAAGAUGGGAGAGACGAAGAGAGGGCGCGAGCUGGCAGGACACUCCUGCGGAUUUAUGCUAUUAUCAUGCGGACGAUUGCUGCAGCUGGGGCGGGCCUCACGAGUGAAAUGGCGUGGGAUGACUAUAUUGAGGAUUUCAGGGAGGUUGUUGAACUUGCGGAAACGUUGCCUAUGUUGCAACUUCGACCUCAGCCAUCUGCAUCUUCUUCGCCAUUGCCAUCACCACCCCGCCACUUAACAAUCAUCUUCCACUCCAACACCACAUACCCGGUUUCCACCCACACAUUCAUCCCCCUCCUUCACAGCCACACUCACCCCCUAACCUUCUCCCCCUCCUUCGAACUUUCCCCCAUCGUUCCCCUCUUCCUUAUCGCAACACGCUGCCGCGAUCCGCUUGUCCGUCGGCGCGCCCUGCGUCUCCUACUCAACUACCGACGUCGUGAGGGUGUUUGGGAUUCUCUAGCCGCGGGUGUGGUCGCUGCGGAAGUUUUGAAACAGGAAGAAGGUAUUCAGGAUGCAGAGAUUGGUGAAGGAAACUGGGUGGGUAGAGCGAGUGGGGUGGAGAGGGCGGGCGAAGUACUGGAAGGUAGGAGAUUAAAGGAUCUUUUUGUGAGAGUGGAAAUGGGCGAGGGGAGUGAAGGGAUUAUCGAGAUGAGUUAUGACAAGGAGCAUAAAGAGAGUGGAAGGAAGUUGGGGAGGAGAGAGGAUGUAGGAUUUGUUGGGAGUGAUGUUGGGUGUUAG